AUGACGAAAAAUCUAAAACGAAAACAGUCACAAGAGCUGCGAGAGAGCGACGACGGUGCUACCCAGCCUGAGCCGCUCAUCGCCCGUGAAAUCACACCCCGAGACGACAAGCAGCCUUCGCAACUCGCUCGUCUCCCUCACGAGCUUCUUGUUCAAGUACUCUACCCGCUUCUUGUCCACGAUGAGCCGCUCUUGCUACUUCCCAAGGCGCGGUUUGUCCCAGUCAAAAAGUCGUCCACCACCCGCGGCAGUGCUGCCUGGUCGCCGUUGGUCAGCAUCCUCCUCGCCUGCCGCGCCAUGUACUUUGCGGGCAUCCAAAUGUUUUACGGUCGCAACACGCUGCGCUUUGUCGAGGCGCUUCACUUUCGAAAGCUCGUCGAGACAAGACUGGGCUACGACCAGCGCUGCAGCGUCACCUCUAUUCGGCUUGAUGUCGCCUGGCAAAAGAGGGGACGGAGCAGCAGCAGCAGCAGGAGCUCGGCUUGGCGACUUUUGCAUGAAUGCGAUGUAUGUGCAGAGUGGAGGGAUGUGCUUGAUCAACUUCCGAAUUUGAUCAAGAUUGUCGUGAGGAAUGUGACGGAUUUUAAAAAGGCGGAAUUGAUGGCGCAGGUGGAUAUCAAGGCCUUUGAGGCGAAAAUGAGGGAGGAGAUUGGGCCAGGAAAUGUAGGAUUGCUGACGUUUGAAUGGCCGACAGGUGCUUCCGAUGCUGAAUAG